GGCUUCGCUGCAGCUUUGAGAGCCACUCAAAUCCCCUCCCCCUUCUCUACACACACGACGAACGCAAGCUCCCAAUAACGCAUCCCCAUUGGAUUUGAAAGCUUCUACAUGGGACACCGAGCCUCGUAGACGAAGCAGAGGAAACCAGCGAAAUCGAAGAGCAAGGAAGCAAGAAGCAGGGCGCCAUGGCGUUCCUCCUUCCCAAGCUCACAACGCCGUCCUGCAAGUUGCCCCCAAGUCCCCUCCUCAAGCCCCAGCUCGCUCAGCCGGUCCACGGCGGCGGCAAGAUUCAAGGCUCCGUCUUCGGCUCUGUUGCGGCGCAGGUCGCGGCCCCGGGCCACCUCAGUCUCCUGCUCCUGCUCAGCGCCUCGCAGCAGGCAGCCGCCCCGGCGGCCAAAUCCACGGCGACCAAGAACCGGACCAAGGGCGGCGGGGAUCCGCAAAGGUCGGAUUUUUACCUCAACCUCGGGACGGCGGUGCGCACGCUGCGGGACGACCUGCCCGACGUCUUCGUCCGGGAACCCAACUACGAUAUCUACCGUGAAGACAUCACAUUUGUCGACCCACUAAACACUUUUCAUGGGAUUGACAACUACAAGACUAUCUUCUGGGCGCUUAGAUUCCACGGGCGCCUACUAUUCAGAGAAAUUGGGCUUGAUGUAUCACGCAUUUGGCAACUGACAGAGAAUUCAAUAGUUGUCCGGUGGGAGCUGUGGGGCACUCCACGUGUUCCAUGGGAAUCGUAUGGCUGCUUCAGUGGGACGUCGAGAUACAAGGUUGACAGGAACGGGAAAAUUUACGAGCACAAAGUCGACAACUUGGCAUUGGACUUCCCACGAUCAGUAGCGAAAGUGGGCAGCAUUGCUGACAUGGUAGUCGCCACACCGAGCCCCAAUUUAACGUUCUGGAACGUGGUUGGGACAGGUGAUGGUUGCUCAUGGACAAAGCUGUAUGAAGCCGUGCUGGAAGCUGUGGAACGGGAAGAGCAUAGUUCCACAGGCAUUGGCGUUGGAGCUCUAGGCCCUGUUGGCUGCGGAUGUGGCUGCAGUUUUUGAACUGGAAAACUACUGUAGCUUGAACUGCUGCAGCCAGUUCAAGCGAAGAGGGCCCUUAAUCACUAGUUCAUAGGAUGGAAUGAGCUCCGGGACUAGUUGCUUGGUAGUAGUUCUUAGGGGAAAUGUAUAGAAGAAUAUAUAUAUAUAUAUGGGCACAUGAAUCACGAUACCACUAAUAUUUCUCUGUAUACUGUAGCUAUAGGACAGCAAAUUUAGAUAAAACACAUACUAGGUGGCUACAUUUGAUU